AUGGCAAAAAUCCCUCUCAUACUCUCCAUUUAUCUUCUGGGAGCUUUUCUUGGAGCCCAAAUUUCAGUGUUCAUCGAGAACAAGGAGGCGAGCGCUGUCCUUGGCAGGCAAAAGCGGGCCAACUCAAACCGACUGGAAGAGGUUAUUCCAGGGAACCUUGAGAGAGAAUGCAUAGAAGAAAAAUGCAGCUUCGAAGAAGCACGAGAAGUCUUUGAAAACACAGAGAAAACGAUGGAGUUUUGGAAAACAUAUAUUGAUGGAGAUCAGUGCGAUCCCAAUCCAUGCAAAAAUGGAGCCAUUUGCAAGGAUGCAGUAAGUUCCUACGUGUGCUGGUGCCCACCUGGGUACGAAGGCAGAAACUGUGAGAUAGACUUCACUUGUGCAAUCAAAAAUGGAGGCUGCAAGCACUUUUGCAGGCAUGACCCACCACAGAAAGUUGUUUGUUCCUGCGCCGCUGGCUAUAAACUUCAUGAAGAUGGAAAGUCCUGUGAACCUACAGUGCCAUAUCCCUGUGGCAGGAUUACGGCUCCCGAAGCGAAGAGCAAGCUCACCCGAGCCAUAAACAGCUUUGAGGACUGGAACAUCACCUCUGAGGACUCUGAAGAUGCUCCUGACGAGGCUUUUGACAACAUCACCGAAACCACCACAGCUGCCACCACGAGAAUUGUACCGAUAAUUAAGACGGGCACUCGGGUUGUUGGUGGAUCAGACAGCCUGAAAGGCGAGGUGCCUUGGCAGGUCUACCUGGUGAACAGCCACAACGUGGGCUUCUGUGGCGGGUCCAUCGUCAAUGAGAAGUGGGUUGUGACAGCCGCGCACUGCCUGAAGCCGAGUGACAACGUGACCGCUGUGGCAGGCGAACACAACACGGAGGGCGACGACCACACGGAGCAGCGCCGGCGGGUGGUGCGCAUCAUCCCGCACCCCACGUACAACGCCACGCUCAACAAGCACCACAACGACAUCGCCCUGCUGGAGCUGGAGGAGCCGCUCAGCUUCAACAGCUACGUCACCCCCAUCUGCAUCGGCAGCAGGGAGUUCACCAACACGCUGCUCAAGCACGGCCUGGGCACCGUCAGCGGCUGGGGCAGCGUGCUCUACCGCGGCCGCCCCGCCACCGUCCUCCAGGUGCUCAAGGUGCCCUUCGUCGACCGGCCGACCUGCCUCAAGAGCACCUCCAUCACCAUCCUGCAGAACAUGUUCUGCGCCGGCUUCUCGUCCGGCGGCAAGGACACCUGCGGGGGCGACAGCGGCGGGCCCUACGCCACGGAAAUCGAGGGGACCUGGUUCCUCACCGGAGUGACCAGCUGGGGGGAGGAGUGCGCAAAGCCCGGCAAAUACGGCAUCUACACCAAGGUCUCCAAGUACCUCAAGUGGAUCAAAGAGACCACGAAGCUAACUUAA